GGGAAGACGGCGAUAACCGAUUUCGGGCUUCGUGUGGCCCCCGACAACGUCGGUUCAUCUCCAAACUAUAAGAGUAACCCCUCGGGCUUCACCAUUUCCUCCCUCCAUUGAUAAAAGAUCCAACGAGCUCUGUCUCUGUCUCUCUCUCUCUCUCUCCUCUUCGCCUCCAUUGAAUCCUUUAUAAUCACGAAUAAGAAUUAGGCAUGACGAGCCAGAAUGUCGUGGUACCGGAUACUACAGGCAUAGCAAUACCGGCGGUUGCAAAUUCAACUCCUCUGUUUCCUUUCCCGAAGUCCGCAGGUGGUGGCUUCUCUAUUCCACGAAUGUUUCUCGUCCCGCAGCUGGAACUGGGCAGCAGCAACGCGAGUAGGCCUAAUGUGUGGGUUGAGUCCCUGAAAGCCUCCUCGCCGACGCGCGCGAAGAAGGCUGCAGGGCUCGCUGCUUGCCACUCGGAUGCAGGCCCAACUUGGAUGAUGAGGCUCCCCUCGGCUUUAAGCAUGUUUGGGGAGAUCACGAGGGCGUCUAAGGGGAAGCAGAUUGUGAUGUUUUUAGACUACGAUGGAACUCUCUCCCCCAUUGUCGACGACCCUGAUCGCGCCUUCAUGUCCGACGCGAUGAGAGAUGCAGUGAGGAAUGUGGCGAGGUAUUUCCCUACGGCGAUUGUGAGUGGGCGUUGCCGUGACAAGGUGUACAACUUUGUAAGAUUGGCAGAGCUCUGCUACGCUGGUAGCCAUGGCAUGGACAUAAAGGUCCCAGCAAAUGGGCCCAGCUUCAUGAAAGCUAAUGCCAAGGCAGUUCUAUGUCAGCCAGCAAGCAAGUACCUUCCCAUGAUUGAUAAGGUGUAUAAAAUUUUGCUUGAGACAACCAAAUCAACUCCUGGAGCAAAGGUGGAGAACAAUAAGUUCUGUUUGUCAGUACACUUCAGAUGUGUGAAUGAGAAGAGAUGGAGUGCCUUAGCUGAACAAGUUAAGUCAGUGCUGGAGGAGUACCCAAAGCUUAAGCUUACUCUAGGAAGAAAGGUACUUGAGAUUCGUCCCACUAUCAAAUGGGAUAAAGGAAAGGCCUUGGAGUUCCUGUUGAAGUCUCUUGGAUUUGCUAACUGCAAAGACGUGUUUCCUGUUUAUAUCGGCGAUGAUCGAACAGAUGAAGAUGCUUUCAAGGUUCUGAGAGACAAGGGACAGGGCUCUGGCAUACUUGUUUCUAAGAUCCCAAAGGAGACAAACGCCUCUUACUCUCUCCAAGAGCCUUCUGAGGUUAUGGAUUUCUUACAACGGCUAGUGGAGUGGAAGAGAUUUUCCCUCAAGUCUUGUCCGAAUGUGUAAAUUGGAUAGAUAUGUGCCCCCACCACCACCACCUCUUGAAAGCUAAGGGUGUGGAUUUGGAGGCCAUUAGUUUGUAUUUCCGACUAUCAGAAGAUAUAAAGAGUAUUCUGUACUUUUCUUUGCUUCGCCACUUUGGCCUCUUAUUGUGGCCUUCUUGGGCUUAAAAUCAAGCAUCGCAAGCUUGUUUCCUUGCCCGCCCACAUGGAGCUAAGCAUUUGUAAUUAGUUCUAUGUAAAAUGGUUAAAGAAGCAAUACUAAUCGCAACUUUUGUUCUUCACUACAUCCAAACAUUGCUUCAAGUUGUAAUUUUUUUUCUCUAAGUUUUAUAGAUGUUGGUGGAAAGGUUACUCUUUUCCACCCUAUUUCAGUUUGCCGUUGAGAGAGAACGUAUGUGAGUAUUAAAUAUUAUUUAAUCACUU